CUCGAAGCUUUUGAAACCAGCCUUGUCCCCCGAGUCUUCCAUUCGCCGGCUUUCCGAGUUUCCCGCCGCCUUCAUCCCCUCUGUUUCCCUUCGCGCAGCCGUCCCGUCGCUACCGUGCAUCACCGUCACCGCCUCCUUCCGGCCAGCAAAGCGUGAGUCUUUGGGUCUUAUAGAACUGUACUUACGUGUAACUGCUAGACUGCGGUCAAAACUUUACUUCUAGAACCAGCUAUAGCCUCUUUGUUUACCUGAUUCUUCACCUCUGGUUGGUGCUUUUCCUUGUUUUAUAUUUUUCGGGCCUAACUUCAUUGUGUAGGCUUGGGGCAGAAACGUUUUAUAAUCUUUCGGAUUGAUAUACUCUUUGUACGUGUGUGUGUGGAUUCAGUUUCUGCUACUAAUUCAAUAGAAUUAGAAAUUCUCUUAUCUGUCUCUGAUUGUUGUUUCUGUUUCGUGUGAUCCAUGAUCUUCUGGUUUCACUAACCAUGUUCCUUUUCGCUGUUAAAGAAAUAUAUUGUUUUCAAAUAUCCAUAUAAAAGUCUGCACAGUGUGCAAUCUCCUGCUUUAACGUUUUGGUAUCUUGAAAAUUUAGGUUAUACAUAUGGGUUCCUCUCGGAAGAAGAUGAGAAAAUCUAGAGACAGUGACGAUGAGCUGGAAGACCAGGACGAUAUGCAGAAUCAAGAUUUAAUGAUGGAAGGACUAGAUAGGGAUUUUGAUGAUGCGGAAGAGGAUGGGGAAGAUGAAGAUAUGGAGAGGCAAGAUGGAGAUGAGGAGGAAGCUGAUGAAGAGCAAGAUGACAUUGAAAGCGAAGAAAUGGGCUCAAGCGAAGAGGAAGGGGUAGGUGAAGAGGCUGGGGAAAUACAAAAUGACUAUCACAAAGAUGAUGAGUUGGAAGAUCUUGAGAAGGAGCGCAAGGACAUCCAAAAUCAAGAACUGGACUUGCUAAAGAACCUGAAACGCCAUAAAGAAGAGGAUGUUCUUAAAGGCCAGGCGGUGAAGAACCAGAAGACUAUCUGGAACAGGGGUCUUGAACUGAGGAUGUUACUUCAGAAAGCAUUCCCGUGCUCAAAUAGGCUUCCAUUGGAACCGGUUCGGUCUACAUUUUGCAACUCUGAGGAAGAAGUGAGAGUAGCUUAUGAUGACCUCAUUUCAUCAUCCAAAAAGACUUUUGAAUCCCUUGUUGAACUGCAAGAGGCUUUACUCGAAAAGAAUCCUUCUGUUUCUCAAUCAUCUAAUGGUAAUAUUGGGAAGCCUGUAAAGAAACAGUUAGAUGACUCCAAGUCCUUGAGUGAUGAAGAUGAAGAAUGGUCUAAAAUUUCACAAAUGCAUACAAGGGUAGCUCCAUUUAGAAAUAAAUCCAUAGACAAGUGGCAGAGGAAGACAGAAGUUACAACUGGGGUAGCAGCUAUUAGAAACAAGUUGCAAGCUUUCAAUCAGAAUAUCAGUGAACAAGUUUCUGCAUAUAUGAGGGAUCCAAGCAGAAUGGUUAAGCAAAUGCAGUUGAGAAAGUCUGAUGUUAACGUCUUUGGGCCUGUUCCGGAGCAAGCAGGCAAUCGUGAUGGCAAGGCUACACUUCCUGAUGGUGAGCUGGCUCCAGAUAAGGCAAGCAGUACUAAUGGCAAGGAAACGCAUCCUGAUGGUGACCCCGAGCUUCUUGAUGAUACUGAGUUUUACAAACAACUACUGAAAGAAUUCUUUGAGGCACUUGACCCAAACUCAAGUGAGAUGGCAUUUUAUGCUGUAAAAAGGGUUCAGACUAAGAAGAGGAAGGAGGUAGAGCGACGUGCCUCAAAGUCCCGCAAGAUCAGGUACAAUGUACACGAAAAGAUAGUCAAUUUCAUGGCUAAACGGCCGGAGGAUAUUCCAGAUAUGGCCCCUAAACUGUUUGAGAAUUUGUUUGGUCUCAAGACCCAGAACCGUUGAAUUAUGGUCGGUUUCUACCGUAUACACCAGAUAUGUACGGGAUGCACAGCUCCAUCGCUUCGAAAAUUUUGAUUCCAUUAGCCCUUGCUCAGAUUAUUCUCUUAUCGACUUAUAUUGCGAAAUUGCAGGGACUGUAACUUGUAAUGUGGCAUGAUCUCUAAAGAUGGCAUAACGUUAUUGUAUAAUUAGGGAACAUGAGACAAUGUUACUAUUCGUUCAAUUUACUUGUUAUGCAUGUUUGGUUUGAUGGGUUGCUUGACGGCGAAUGAGAAUGAAGAGGAGGGUUUCGUGUAUGGUUUGAGUCGUGAGAUUGAGUGACAAAACCCUACAUCUGGGGACAGGAAAAUCUAGUGUUUCCUUGGCGAUACUUUUCUGCUCAUUUCACCCUCUGUUGAUAACAGGAAUCAAUAAGAAAAUGAAUCAAAGAAAAGAAGACAUGGUAACGUGACAGAUCAUACUGAGAAUUCAUGUUAACGAAAGUUAAAACCGCGGCAAAUGCCUGCAGCCUGCCUUUGCCAUACUUGUUCAUCUUUGCUGGAUUCUGUCUCUCCCCUGACAGCAACAAUGGCCUUGCCUCUCAAUAAAAUACUCCAUGAAACGAGUUGAAGGAUAUCCCAUCAGCAGAUUCUCUGCCCUGCUACUGGUUUUGGUUCCCCAAAGUUAUUAAUGGCUCAUGUGUUCAUUAUUCAACGAAGUUGCAAAUUGCGUGAUGCCUCAACUAUUAGCGGUAGUAUAUAUAUUUUUUUCAUAUCUAGUUGUUUUCUCCUUUUCCUUUUGUGAUUUGGCUUGCAAAGGACUUAUAUAUACUUUCAUAUCUAGCCGGUCCUUUGGGAAUAUCUAUCGCAAAAGAAAAACGAUUAGGUGCUUCCUCCACUGUUAGGAAUAGCAGGCACACGAUUGUAUUGGAAGAUUGAAUCUGAUAAGGAAUCAAUGUGGAACGAAGCAUAAAUUCGGGUUAUGGACAACAAUUAUGACGACACUUCAUCAAUCAAAGUACCAAGCCUCGAGAAGUUACGCAGCUUUUUUUCUUGUUUUAGUUUAACGAGUUCUUUCGGUCGAGAUGAUAUGUUGUGGAGGCCGAGAUCUUGCUUUGUUUAGAUGCUAGAUCUGUUAACUAGAUUUUUGUAAUAGAAUUCGCUACACUAUAGACGUUGAAGGGCUAAAUUUCAAAAUAUAGCAAUACAUUUAUUCUUAACAUAUGAAUUAAACCGGUAAUAGAUAUGGUUAUUGGAAUAACGUAAUGUUACCGACCUGGCGAAAAUACAACAAACUCAAUCAUUAGCUUUUGAACAUAGACCCAACAGAAAUGUCCUAGGCAUGGCGGAUAUAGGCAUUAAUAAAUUGAUAAAUGCUAAGUUAAGAUAAUCCAAAAUACAUACAACACUAUUAUUGUGGAAGAGAACUAUCCAAGUUGACCUCAUUAUGAUCGCUUGAUUGUUUAUGUUUAUAUACAAUAUUAUUGUACAAAAGAGGCAGAGCACUACUAUAAUAAAUGGUGUGAGGCCUAAAACUAGGAUGACCACAAAAUAAGAUGAUAAUCCUAACAACAAAUUGUAAUGGAAGAAAAUUCUCUCUAUUGUAAGAAUGAGUAAUUAGCUAAACUCGUACUCUAUCCUAUUGUUAUAUUUCAAAGUGAAUAUUACCCUAAUGAAUUAGCAACCAUCAUCACCAGAAAUUGAUGGGGUACAGAAGUAUACCCUCGAACCGGUUCAAGUCAUUUUGUUUGUGAAUGUGAUUCUUGCAUCAUGCAAAAAGAAUUGGGUAAAUACACAUUUUGUUAUUGAAAUUACUAAAUCGUAUCAUGUUUAGUCACUAGAAAAAUUUAAUAACAAUUUUGGUUACUAGAAUUACUGAAACUGGUCAUAUUUAGUCACUCUCCCGUGAAGUUGGACGGAAACUAACGGGAGAGUGACUAAAUGUGACAUGUUUCAGUAAUUCGAGUGACUAAAUGUGACAUGUUUCAAUAAUUCGAGUGUCCGGAGUUGGACAGGAGCUACAAAAGAGUGACUAUAUGUGACAUGUUUCAAUAAUUCGUGUGACCAAAAUUUAUAAUAAAUUUUUUCUAGUGAUUAAAUAUGAUACUAUUUAGUAAUCUCGGUCACCAAAUGUGGCAUUUACCUAAAAAAAAUUCCAGACUAAUUGAGAAAAAUAAAAAUAAAAAAACUUUUAUUUUUAUUUAUUGAAAAGGCCAAAUGUGACCCUACAAUACAAAAAAAAAUGCCAGCAAGGCAGUGCCUCCGUGUACGGUGUACACCAACUACUUCUCUCUCUUUCUCUUUUCAAAAGGAGAGGAUCACACCGUUUGCCAGCUCACUCCGUCCCGUUUCCCUCUCACGACGUCAUCGCUGACGCCGACGACGGACGGUGACCUGACUGACGCCUUCGGCCUUUCUCAAUCCGAGUGAGUUACAUAAAUAUUCUCUCCGUUACCGUCUAUAUCUUACGUUAUCUUGAAAAGCCCAAACACGGCUAGGCCCAAUGUCUGGCCCAAUUUCUCUCUCUCUCUCCCCUUCUUUUUCUCAAAAGGAAAAUCUUUUCGCUUCCUCCAUUUCUCUCCGUCUUCCUCUCUCUCUCUCUCUCUCUCUCUCUCUCUCUCAUAAGUCUCCUCUUCCAGCUGCUUGCUCGAAGGUUUCUCUCACUAGAAUUCAUGUCGGUAUGUUAGCUUCUUCUCUUUCUCUGCCUCUGUUUUUUUUUUUUUUGCUUGCCUGUAUUACUACUCUAUUCGCGCUGUAAAGUUCCUAACUUUUUUUGGGACCCUUUUGAGCUUUUUUCUUCCUAGUUUGCUUAUGAUUUCCAAUUGAUUCGAACUGGAUAUUUAUUUUGACGCUAUUUUGGCAUCUGCUGCUGAUGUGCAAUGAAAGCUUUUAUAUUGGGCUUUGCUGUUUGGCUGCUGAAUUAUGUGAAUUCGAUCCUCGGGGGUGGCUUAUUGUUUCUGCUUCUGGGUGGUGUGCUGCCGAUCAGUUUUGUUUACUUGAAUUUCGGGAAUAUUCGUGGUUUCCCCUUUCUUUCGAUGUUUAUUUGCUUUUUUUUUUUUUUCAAAAUGGUGAAGGAACUGCUCAUCUGAUUCGAUUUGGACUUGGAGAAUCCUGGGCUUCCGAUUUUUCAUUGCUUCAGCUUUCCAAUUCAGCUACCAAUUUUUUUUCUUUUUUGCAUUUGAUUGCUUCUUUCGUGUCGGCUUCUCCAAUCCUAGCUCAAGGGCUCUGAUUUUUAGUUUCUGUAGUUUGCAAGGUGGGGCAGGAACUGUUCGUUCUAUUUGUUUGUUUUGCCUUCCUUGCUAGACUUGGAGCACAGAAAGUCAGGUGUGAGAAAUGGGAAAGUUUGAGAGUGAGGUGAAGUUGCUGUCUCGAUUAUACAUAUUGAUUCAAUGUUGAGCUUUGUUAAUUGAGUUAGCUAAUGUAGUUCUGAAGAUAUGGCCUUCUCUAGUUUAGUUACCGUGAACCUUUAGUUUUGAAGAAGAACUGCAUGACUUUGCAUAACAUGUAACUUCUAGAUGUUUUUAGUCAUCUACAUGAUGUGGUUUUGGGUUAGUUUGGUAUCCCGUUUGAUAAACAUUCUUAUGGCUCCAGAAGCUCAAUCUCUAUGUUAAAAGAAAGAAAAACCAUGUCAACUUUUGUUUUUUCUUCAUUACGUUGUUUGAAUGCUUCUGUGCUUUCGUAAACUUUAUGAGUCUCUUGGUGGGAGUUUCUUACUUUUUUUAUGUCUUUCUAACAGGACGGAGGUAGGCCAUUGCCGAAAUUCGGGGAAUGGGAUGUUAAUGAUCCUGCUUCAGCCGAGGGAUUUACUGUGAUCUUUAACAAGGCUAGGGAUGAGAAGAAAACCGGUGGGAAACCCGAUUCGCCAGGAGGAAAGGGCGAUUCUCAUACUAAGGCUCCAAUGGAGCAUGGAAAGCCUCCUGGUGUAAGUAGUUUGAUUUUUCCUCCUGCCCCAUGUCUGUCUCCUAUACUUUUAUCCUAGCAAUAGAUACUACCAAAGUGC